CCUUUCUCGGACCUCGAUAAUUGCCUUCCUUGAGCUCGAGAAGGCGCAGCCGUCUGGGUUCUAUAAGCUGCUCGCACCGUGCGUGAGGAUGGAGUAUUUAAACGCCUUCCUUUCCUCGUUUACACCAUCGAUCACUUUUAGAUGCUCAGUAUACAGUCUUGAUUCCUGUUCCAAAGUCUCUCAAUUCCCAGCUAUCAUUCAGCUCCGCGAGCAAUAUAUCUGCAAGUCGCCUGUCAAGCUUUUCUUCGAUGGCUCCCGUUUUCAACGUCACCCCUCUGUUACCUUUCGGAAUUCUUAUGAUAGGAGCUCUCGGGCUGCUUGCUCCUGCCAGUGCCGCCACCUACAGCGCCAAUUACAACGACGCACUCAGCUAUUACGGCGGUCAGUGCUUCUCAGGAAUCUUCCUCUCGGAUACUCCCUACAAUGGGCUCGUCGCCAAGAUCCCCAGUAACAAAUUCCAGCGCGGCUUGGGCUGCGGCACGUGCUACGAGAUCAGGUGCACGAACCACGAGAGCUGCCGAAACGGCGGCGUAAAUGUCACAGCCAUCGACGAUGCGGGCAACGGCUUCCUCCUCUCCUCCGAGGCGUGGGACAAAAUCGUGAAAGAGCGCUCAACGCAAAAGGUGGAUGUUACUGCCCGUCGCGUGAACUGCGCUAGGAGCGGCGGCAUGGCGGUUCUGGUGAUGUCCGGCAGCGACCCGUCGUGGUUCUGGAUCCAGAUUCUGAACGUCGCGAAUUGCGGAGGGGUGGCGGGUGUGGAGGUAGCGAGGGAUGGUGCGACCAGCUGGACGAAAAUGAGUCGGAUGUACGACACGGGCCAAUGGGAGUUAAAGCCCGCUACGGCUGUGGUGGCUCCUGGGAAGAAGAUAAGCGUUCGAGUGACGGGGCUGGGUGGGCGGAAGGUGGAGCUCAAGAAUGUCAUCGGCGCGGACUGGCUGGGAGGCGGGCAGACGUACACCAGCAAUGCCAAUUUUUAGUGGUGAUGCAGUCUAUAGCGAGAAGUAGAAGGACUCCCGACUACGGUACAGUAUCUGUCUUCGAUUCGACAGGCACUGCCGUGAGAAGUGAAUCGUUCUCUAGCGUGGGCGGGUCUUGAAGUCUCGAUAGCGAAGCAGGAGUGGGUGGUUGGAAUUCAAGCUGGAAUAACAGCGAACAUCUGUGGAGACUCAGGAGAUGGCGUCGUCUCAAAUUCCGAAGUUGAGAGAAGGGCCGAAGUUGGGAGAUUCAGGACCAUGUCGUAACAAUGCAUGCAUAUUUACAGUGGCAUAAUCCUAGGCAGACAUAUUUACAAAUGU